UUCGUAUAAAUGGCGGCGUAUCCUGUGCUUGUGGCACAGUGCAACGAAAGACUUGUUAGCAAACGUGUGGAGUGCUCAGCUCACACACAGGACAAUUGUACAGCCAAACAAAAGCUGUUUGUUACACAAAAAAAUUGAGUUUCAUUCGAAAAGUGCAAGUGUUGGAACUUUUGCAAUUUAUUAAUUGUUUGCGUGAGUGUGUGUGUGUAACAAAAGACAAUUGCAGCUGCCCAAAGCAUUAUGCAGGCCAUGCAGAAGACCGCACAACAUAGCAAAUGGCUGCUGCUGUUGCUCUCGAUGCUGUUGAAUGCCGCUUGGCAGCCACGCGCUUUUGUUGUCAAUGCCAGCGCAGAGGCGGAGCUCACCCCCUGCGAAGUGGAGUCGCUCAUAAAUCAGCUGAUGAAUCCCAGCCCCGAGUAUCAGCUGCACGCCUCGGCUUUGCGUAAUCAGCUGAAGAACUUGCUGCAGGAGCGUCAGCUGGCUGUGGGCGAGGAGCAGCCGCUGGGCGAGUAUGCGGACUAUAUAGACGAGGACAAGCGUUCGGUGGCAGCGCUGGCUGCGCAGGGGCUGCUCAAUGCGCCCAAGCGCAGUUUGGCCACGCUGGCCAAGAACGGGCAGCUGCCCACUGUAGAUCCUGGCAUGGGCUCCGACAGCAGCUCCGGCGAGCCCAGCGAGCAAAAGCGUUACAUAGGCGCACUGGCACGUGGUGGCGGCUUGAUGAGCUUCGGCAAACGUAAUUUGGCCACCUUGGCGCGCCUGCAAAGCGCACCCACCAGUCAUCGCGAGCAGCCCAAGCGCAAUGUGGCCGCCGUCGCGCGUUACAACUCGCAGCAACAUCAGAAUCAACGCAAUGCCGCCGAGAAGCGCAACUUGGGCGCUCUGAAGUCCUCCCCAGUGCAUGGUGCAGCGCAGCAGAAGCGCGAGGAUGAGGAAAUGUUGUAUGCAGCUGCUGCUCCCGAAUAUGCUGAGCCCAUGCAGAACUAUUGGUGGUAUCCAAGCUAUGCUGGCUAUGCUGAUCUCGACUGGAAUGACUAUCGCCGCGCCGAGAAACGUUUUCUAGACACAAGCAAGGAUCCCGAAUUAUUUGGCAUUGAGCAUGGCUAUGAGGCAAAUGCUGAGGCUCAAGCCGAAGCAGACGCUGAAGCCCAAACGGAGGAUAUGGAAAUGGAUGCACCACAGAAGCGUCAUAUCGGCGCUGUUUAUCGCUCUGGCUUUCUGCCCAGCUACCGUUAUUUGCGCAGCCCCACUGUCAAUGGUGAUGGCGGCGGCUAUCGCGGCGGCGCCGGUGGGCGUUUUAGUCGCUCGGGACGUGCCAGGCAAUUUGUCGGGUACUUCCCCCAACACGAGCGACUGCGUCAACCAACCGCAGCCGUUUGUAAACGCUGUUUCCUACCCAAUCGACCGAUGAUCAACUGGAGCGGUGCUGGCAUGCGCGGUAGUCUGUCCAAAAUCUUUCCAGACCCCGAGGCGGCUCGCUUGACACAAUUGCGCAGCAUCAACAGCAAUCAGUUGCCAAGCGGCGGCGGCGGCAGAGCGGCCAAGCCGCGUACCAUCUACACGCCCUUUCAUAACUGGGGCACACAUCCGCGCAUUACAGCACUGCAACGUGGCAUAAAUCGACGCAACAGUGAGUCCAUGGACAAUUUUGACAACUAAACGAGACAAUACGAAACUACAAUAAAUAUAAAUAAAUAAAUAUAU